UUGAGUGGAACGCUCGAGUCAUCGCGGGCGCUCGGCUUCCCUGAAGAAUUCUUUGGAAAUCGGGACUGAAGCGUCGACGCCGCGCGUCCAUCGCGCAACUUUACUGCGCCAAAACAUCUUCGCGCAAGCCGACGAAGCCCGCUCGAGCUAGCUUAGCUCGCAAACGGGCGCGUAGCCGAGACAAUGUUGUGACGAUCGCGCGGAAAUGUGCGCCAAGCUUGUGAAAGACGAAGAGUGCGAGGAGGAACUUUGUCGCGCGCAAGACGACAAAGGGCGACAAGGUCGACUGCUUUGCGAGCAGCCGCCGCGUGACGUCGGCGAAGAAGAUCAGCAGGAGUCCCCGCACAGCAUCAAAAAGGAGGAGGCGCCAGAGACGCCACACAUUAAAGACGAAGAGCAGGAGGAUCAAAUCAGCAAGUUUCCCUUGACUGGUGUCGCUUUGAAGGAUGAAGACGACGACGGAGACCGCUGGGGAGGAUCCCAAUCCGAAGACCUCUCGGCUCCGCUGUCAGAUAGUGACGACGUACCGUCGCACUCUGAUGAUGACGAGGAAGAACACUCCAAAGACGUCUGCGAAGGAGCUCUCCGUCCUGAGCAGCAGGAGCCAGAGUCCCCCCGCGUCGAAGCGGAAGAGGAGCAGGACGAUAUCGGCAAGUUUCCAUUGACUGUCAUUGUGAAGAGCGAAGAUGAUGAUGAAGAAGAAGGUGAUGGAGACCACUGUGGAGGAGACAGCCUCAUAGCGCCACUAUCAGAUAGCGACAACAUAACGCCACACUCGUCUCAUGAUGAUGAUGAUGAUGAUGAUGAUGAACAUGCAACAGAUGAUAUGACAUGUGACACUGACAAGACGUUUUUCCACAAGUCGUCCUUGAGCGCACACACAAGAGCGCACACUGGAGAAAAACCUUUUGCUUGCUCAGAUUGUGGUAAAACCUUCUCUGUAAAGAAACAUUUAAAAGUGCACUCAAGAACACACACAGGAGAGAAACCUUUUGCCUGCUCAGUUUGCGGAAAAAGAUUCACUCAGAAGGGACAUUUACAGACGCACACACGAACACACACUGGAGAAAAACCAUUUACCUGCUCAGUUUGCAGUAACAGUUUCUCUGCAAAAGGACAAUUAAUAUCACACAGAAGAACACACACCGGAGAGAAACCUUUCGCCUGCUCAGUUUGCGGUAAAAGAUUCACUCAAAGACGCACUUUAACAACACACACAAAAACACACACUGGGGAGAAAACUUUUGCCUGUUCAGUGUGCAACUUAAGUUUUGGCGAACGCUCCAAAUUGGUCGCACACACAAGCACACACACUGCGGAAAAACCUUUUUGCUGCUCAGUUUGCGGGAAAGGAUUCACUCGAAAAUGCUCUUUAACAACACACACAAGAACACACACUGGGGAGAAACCAUUCAGCUGCAUUGCGUGCGAGAAACGAUUCCAUGAAAAGCGUGAGCUGAAGAGACACAAGUGUGAAGGUGUGAAGAGCAGCCGUCAAUGAAUUAAAUCAAAGAAAAUGGGGAAACCCAAGCCGGUGUUGACAAUCAUUGCCGUCUUCUUGAGCACAAACUUCACAACGGCGAAAUAAAAGACUGAGAAAUUGUUUUCCGAUGGAUUUAAAAAAAGAUACAAUGGUCUUUUUUGUUUUCAUUUUUCACCUUCACACCUGAACUGGUCGCCAGCCAAUCGCAGGGCACAUAGAAACAAACAACCGUUGCCACUCACAUUCCCACCGACAGGCACGAGGAAAACACUACCGGAGCGAUGUAUGUAUAUUGUACUAUUAUUUCCACCAAAAAUGCUGGUAAUAUCUCCGUGGUAUUAAAAGUGAAGACAGUUUGCAAUUUUGUUAUUUUAGCAAAAAAACAUUUAGGUCCACCCACUUUGCGGGCCAUAUAAAAUGAUGUGUCGGGCCGGAUCCGGCCCCCGGGCCCUGAGUUUGACCCCGGCGAAGAAACUUUGCCGCUUUGUGCGAAGAUUUGGAAAAUGGGAGUCUGGAAUCCGGAUGUAAACGCUGUUCAACAGUGAUGGUGUUUUCCAUUUGUUUUGUUUGUCGCUCCAAAGUUUAUUGAAAUCUUUUUGUUUUUUUGUUUUGUUUCUGUGAUUGUUUGUUGUAAACGAAUGAAUCUCGCCGCCAUGCAGGCAGCGAGGAAGAUGGCGGGUUAGUCAGAAAGUCGGCGAUGCAGCAGAAGACAUUGAAAGAAGUUUUUGAUAUUUUGCGACAACUCACUCCACAAUGUCUUUGACGAGCAUGGCAAGUUCCCAUGCGUUCUAUAUUGUUGAUAUGUUAUAGCAAUACGCACACACAC